UGAGUGGAGGGUGAAAAAGAUAUUUUUUUCAGGGGGGUCCAGACCUCCCUAGCUAUGACCCUGCACACAUUGUUUAAUUGGCUAAUCAAAUGAAUGAAUAAAGUUAGCAUCAGUCCGCUGUGAUGAUCAGUGUGCUGUGUGUUUGUUAUAGUGGUGAUAUUGUGUGUGUGUGUGUGUGUGUGUGUAUGUGUGUGUGUGGAGCAAGAAGAGUUCAGCUCAGCCUGUAUAACUGUGUACUCACUGUAUUCUCUUAUAAGCGGGUUAAAGAAUUAUACACUGUGAGAAAUAUACUCUAAAAUCCAGGUCUCGAAUCAGCCAAUCACGUGCCGGUUCUAAUCUCUGCUAAAUUAAUAUUCAUGAGCUCGCCUCACUUCCCUGACCUGGUGUGUUUGGAUGUGUUUUUUUGGCUGAGGUGAGCAGAAGUCGACUUCCUGACUCUUUUGUUUUGGGAUUUUCCCUGGAAAGACGGCACGCACGAGGCGGUACAGCGGAUGUUUUAGUGUCUGCACUGGACUUUUAGAAAGAGAAACACUCCAGUUGUGAAUUAUAUUUCAGCUUUAAUCUCUCCUUCAGCCGGAACUGAGAGGAAAACUGCAGCUGUUCGGGCAGAAUGAACUGCUUUUUAAUACCGUGUGUGAAAUACCUGCUGCUUAUCUUCAACCUUCUCUACUGGCUGGCAGGUACAGUUGUGUUGGCUGUGGGUCUCUGGCUCAGGUUUGAUCCCAGGACUAAAAACCUGUUUGAAGGUGACGACUCUCCGAGUGGCUUCUACACAGUGGUGUGUAUCCUCAUAGCCAUAGGAGGAUUGAUGAUGCUGGUCGGGUUCCUCGGUUGCUGCGGCGCCAUUCAGGAGUCGCUGUGCAUGCUGGGAUUGUUUUUCUUCUUCCUCCUGCUUAUCUUUGUUGUGGAAGUGGCCAUUGGGAUUUGGGGAUUUUCCAUCCAGAGUAAGGUUGUUGAUGAUGUCACCCAGUUCUACAAGGAAACCUACAAGAAAUACAAAGAGGACAGACAGGAUGCUCUGCGAGAGACCCUGCAUCUGAUCCAGAACGGGCUGAACUGCUGUGGACCCUUCAGCUCCGAGGACACGGACACUCCCGAGGAGACGUGUCCUGAGCGUGAGGGCCUGGAAGUGCUCAUCACCAAGAGCUGUCCUGAUGCUAUUGAGAAAUUCUUCACCUCUAAACUCCACAUCAUCGGCGGUAUUGGGAUCGGGAUCGGAGUGAUCAUGAUCUUGGGCAUGAUCUUCAGCAUGAUGCUGCUGUGUGCCAUCAGGAAGAGUCAGGAGAUCGUCUGAGGGGUGUUUAUGCCCAACACUGCCGUAUUCGUGUUGCAUGAUUUCCAUCCCGAAGCUCUCGCUGUCACCGCCGGCUCUGCGCAGCUCGCCUCUGAUGGGUGGGACUUUCACUUUUCACCGUUUAGCUCUAUGAUCGGCUCAUACCAUGAAAAACGAAGCUGUAGAUUUAGUCGAGUUCGUGGAGCUCGUUGGACAAUAGAUUUUUUCACUGUUAAUGUCAGAACUGACGAUUAAGUUGUUGUUGUUGUUGUUGUUGUUGUUUGCACUCUGCCUGUCACUCCGCUGAUAUUGUGUUGAUAAAAACACAUCUAUGACCUUUUUAAACAUA